AUGCUUCGACAUGCCUGCGGCAUUUGUGCCAGCCAUUGGCUGGAGGAGGAGGAGGAGCGAACACAAUCACCGCUUACUUUCUGCACUUCCUGGGUCAUGCAGGCUCUCUUGUACUCUCACAUUCCUAAUGUUGCGUCCUCUUGGAAGUAUGUAAAAACUCCAGCAUCCAAUCGUCCAGAAGGCGGUCUGAAAUCCUCUGCUCCCGUUGACUGUCGCCCCCCGACGUUCCCCUUGAUUGCUCGCCUGAGUCUGGGUGGCAGUGUUGUCGGUGCCUCCAAAACCCACUCGCUGGGGUUGGACUGA